AUGGAUGCCAUUUUUGAAAAAGUAGGAUCAGCAUAUGAGUCCGUGUCGACGGAACGUCAGUUCUUGUCAGAUUUCGUGGUAGCCAACGAAAAGUCUGCUGGAGGGCGGUUGGCACGCUGGUUGUCGCCAGCAUCUUUUGUUGAGCCAGACAAUUGCGAGCUGAAGCCACCAUCCACACCUGCUCGUCCUGCAUCAAGAGUCAACUUACCGGUUAUCAUCAGAGAUCAGUACGGUGAACCUGUGGUUGCUCCCGCGCUUAAAGUUGAGGUUGUGGUGCAGCGUAUUGAGGAUGUGAGCUCCCGAUCCGGCGGCUUGCCGCAAGAUGGAACGUACUGCAACUUGCCUAAUGUGCCCUACCAGCCCACGUUUCGUGACAACAUGUGUUUUCAUGCCAUUACCAUGAUGAAGGCCUUCCAACAUUUAUCAUUCGAGGAGCUCAGGUUGGCUAGUGGCAGUUGGGGAGAGAGUGCGGAGGGUGAUGGUUUCGGCACAGCUGGACGCGUGCCUGCCGAACGUUUACCGGUGCGUGCACAACCUGAUGGCACAUACCUCGCUGCCUGGACACCACGCGCGCCCGGCUCAUAUGUGUUCCGGUGCACGUUGGAUGAUCAUCCAGCUCCUAAGGAUGUAACCGUGGAUAUGAACGAGGAUCCGUCUGUGGAGGUGGAAGAACAGGAGGUGCAGACUGGCGGCAGUGGAUGUCCGUCAUCUAUGCCCGCAUCGAAGGUUCGAAAGUUUUGCGCGCGAUACAGCGCUGGCCUCAGAGUACGCGCCAGCCCCAGCCUACAAGCCGAGGAAGUCGGCCGCGUGCCCCUCGCCGCUAAUCUUGCAUACGUGGAAGAGGUGGUAAAUAAGGACGGAACUUGGGUACGUUUGAGCGAAGAAUCGGUGCGAGCGUACACGGACAACUGCACUGAAGUAGCUUGGUGCUUGCAACACAAUAGGCACCUCGACAGGACGCUUCUUGUACCUGUAGAACAGUGUGCUUCGCCGCAGUCGGAAUACACAGGCCUUUGGAGUGGAUACGGUGAUGCUCAAGGCGAUAUGCAAUCUUGGACACAAGAAGAUGACAUAGAUAUUGUAACUUCUGAAAUAUCACCCUUUGACCGAAGAUAUCCAUCUGGCAGUCAUAGUGAUCUACUUAAUGAGGGCGACCCUUCGUCUUUUCCGUACGUGUAUGGGCUGGAGCCGUCCAAACGAAGCAGGAUCAUGAGAAGUGAAUCUACAUCUAUGCCAACGCCCAGACGCGUCCGUCGAAGCAACGGUAACUCUGAAGAUUUCUGGUCACCUGUGAAGCAUCGCUCUAGUGAUAACGUACGCGACUCUAACAUAAUACUAGAGGCAAGUUAA